AUGCAUUUGCAAAAGCCGAACGAGUGUAACUUUAAGGUUUUCCUUGGAGCAUCUGUGGCGCCAAUGAAUCCUGAAGCAGAUUCAACUGUGGCUGUGGCUAUGCGACGCAGACGCUCUACCUGUCACGCACGGAUGGAUGGUCAUACUCAGUACCACGCUCCUCGAACGAACAAUCGGGUUGUAAAGUGUCUCUUGGUCGGGUACGAAGUCGCAGGAAAUGCUUCGCUCGAUGAUGACUCCACUCAGAACUUUCACCCACAGACCGGAUCCUCUAAUGCAACCGCUCUAGGUGCUGGCCUUGCUGCUCUUGUAAUUUGCUGCAUGCAACUAGCUUCAGUACAUACGCAAAUGUCCCGGCAAAAGGACCAUUUAGAUGCACCAAGCUCUUUGGCUCUUGAUGAUGUUCGACAGGUCAAAAAUCACGAAAAUAUGAAAGCUGCCCUAAGACUAUUGGUACUAACCCAGAUAGCGAUAAUAAGCAAUUGA